CGACAGACAGACAGGGACCAUAAAGUAUUUCUUUCUUGUGCUGAAGCUUGAAGAAGAAUUUACAAAACUGUUACAUGUGUGCAAACUAUUUGUUCAUCCUCAAAAUACAAGUUCCGUCUUCUUUAUUUAUUUCAUAUGUUACGAAAGCAGUUGGUGGCAUUGCGUCCAAGUGUUGGUAGUACCGUGUGGUGCAUUUACUUCAACAUGGCGGUUGUUAUAUAUACGAGCUAUGAAUCAGCUGAUAGCAGUGUUGAUCAUUUUUUUCUGAGAGUUUAACUUCUGUGGUUCAAACGUAAGACAGAAUCUGCUUUACAGAAACUGAAAAAUGUGUGGGUUGUCAUGUUCAAGUUUAAUUUCCAAAUGGAGGUUAUGGAUAAGACCUGCUGUGAUGACAAUUUAUGCUUUAAUAAUUGUAGUCCUUUUGCCAAUACUAGUAGUAAAUGCUGUAGACAAUGGGUUCAAGAAAAGUGAUCAAAGUUCGUUAAUUGGAGGCGUUUUUGUUAUGAUGGCGUUACCUAUAUCAUUUUGGGAAAUAACACAGCAUAUGGUUCACUACACAAAGCCUUCUCUUCAGAAACAUAUUAUUAGAAUAUUGUGGAUGGUUCCCAUUUAUGCUGUAAAUGCUUGGCUGGGACUAGUUUUUCCAGAACAGUCUAUUUACGUAGACAGUCUGAGAGAAUGCUAUGAAGCGUAUGUCAUUUACAACUUCAUGGUUUACCUACUGAAUUACCUGAAUUCAGAAUUAACACUCGAAGCAAAUCUGGAGAUGAAACCGCAAGUUAAUCAUCUUUUCCCUUUCUGUUGUCUCACUCCAUGGGAGAUGGGACAUGAGUUUAUUCACAUGUGCAAACAUGGUAUUCUACAAUACACUGUUGUUCGUCCAUUUACAACAUUCAUCUCCUUUGUCUGUGAAUUGGCACGUGUGUAUGGUGAGGGAGAGUUCAAGGGAAAUGUAGCAUUCCCUUAUAUGAUUGCCAUCAACAACUUUUCUCAGUUUAUUGCCAUGUAUUGCCUGGUGCUCUUCUAUCAGGCAAACAGAGAUGAACUGAAGCCUAUGCAGCCAAUAGGAAAAUUCCUCUGCAUCAAAUCAGUUGUAUUCUUUUCCUUUUUCCAGGGAGUCCUGAUCAACAUUCUAGUGUUCACGGGUGUGAUAUCCUCUGUGUUUGACACAAGUGAUGGUGAUACCAUAAAGAGCAUCUCAAAUGAGUUGCAAGAUUUCUUGAUUUGUAUUGAGAUGUUCCUAGCAGCUGUUGCUCACCACUACAGCUUUUCAUAUAAACCGUAUGUUAAUGUGGCAGCAGGACAGCAGUCUUGCUGUGCAGCAUUCCUUGCAAUGUGGGAUGUUUCGGAUGUGCAGCGUGAUAUCAAAGAGCACCUAGGUGUAGUUGGAAGUUCUCUCAGCAGACACAUCCGUGGGCGGGGUACGUAUCGUUAUGCCGGAGGCAGCGCAACUGAAUGUUCUCGUCUUUUGGUUCCUGAACCUGUGCCUGCUCCAGAGGAUUUUUAUAACAGCGCACCAGCACGUCUGAUUAAUGACAGACAGCUCAGUUACUAUGACAGUAUGACUCCAAGUGAGACAGCUGCAGAGGCUGCAAGCUAUCAUAGUGUCUUUUGUGGUGAAGGAGCAUCAAAGCAAGAUUCAUUUGGUGAUUGUGGGAAGGAAGAUGACCCAUUGAUUGAUUUUAGCCCAGACAGUGAACAAUCAAAGCAUAAUUCUCAUCCAAAUGUAACAUAGGAUUUUACUCUUGAACUGCUUGUGGGAUUAGAAUAAGUUAUGCAGCAUGAUUAAUUGCAAACAGUUGAUUCAACAUGGUGACCAGAAAUGAAUUUAUAUGUUUAGAAUAUGUUGAAAGUGAACCAUCUUUGGAUACAUUGCCUCAGUUUGACUUCAUUUAACAGUAAUAUGGUAUUUGUAUCAAUAUGAAACCCAACAUCAUAGUUUCCUUAUGAUAGCAGAACAAAUUAAGGUAGCACCAAUUAUUUGUGAUUGCAGGAAAUUAUUACAGAAGGCAGGAUAUGUCAUCAAAAGUACAAAUGUGGUAUCUUUCUUAAAGACAAUUAUAUUUCAAAUAUAAAGGAAUCUCUUAUCUCAUUUUCCUGUUUCAUAUGAGCCAACUGUUUUCAUCUAUUACUGUAUCAGAUUACCAGUGUAACUUGGAUUUGUUAUUGUUUUCCUCCAUAUAUAUCUUCAGUAUUAUGUAAAUAUGCUUUGUAGGAUACCUUAUUGUAUUCUAGGAUUUUUAGGUUGUAAAAGGUAGGACUUCCCUGCUUUUCAUUUGUUUGUCCAUGCAUUUUGUUGAUGAGAGUCUCUAAACUUUUUUCUUACUGCUAUGCUAAAAAUGGUUUAACUAUAAGAGUUUAUAUGUAAUUAAACUUGAGCUUUCAUAUCCCAUGAA